AUGGCCAUCACACAAAUCCCAACAACGCAAGCCCAGCAUGCGCACCCUCACCUUCGUCGCUCAGACAAGGGCUCAGUCCAGCUCAUUGUCAAGGGCAAGCCUUUCCUUAUGCUCCCUGGUGAGCUUCACAACUCCUCAUUGAGCUCUGCAAAAUUCAUGAGCCAAGUUUGGCCAGCUAUGAAAGCAGAUCACAUCAACACAUUGCUCGGCUCAGUAACAUGGGAAAUGAUUGAGCCCAAAGAGGGCCAUUUCGACUUCAGCGAGCUUGAUCGUGUUCUUGAAGGCGCCAGAGAACACGACAUGCAUCUUGUGUUACUGUGGUUCGGCACAUACAAGAAUGGUCUCUCUACAUACGCUCCCACAUGGGUAAAGCGGGAUCCCAAGAGAUUUCCUCGCGUUCAGGUUCUCGAGGCUGGUGGUGUGAAGAGGACGCUUGAGAUGAUCACACCUCUAUGCAACGCUGCCUGCGAAGCCGAUUCACGCGCCUUCUCCGCCCUCUUGCGACAUCUUGCUGAGGUCGAUUCCCAUCACCACACUGUACUUAUGGUGCAGGUUCAGAACGAGACCGGAGUCCUAGGCGACUCUCGCGAUCGGUCACGUAGGGCUGAUAAGGCUUUUGCAGAGCCUGUCCCAGGCGACCUGCUUCAACAUCUCAGCCAAGUCGAUACACACUCCAGAUUCAACAAGCGUAUUUCUCACGUCCCGUCUUCAGGUUCGCACUCGUGGGAGUCUGUCUUCGGUGCUGGCACCGCAGCUGAUGAAGCCUUCAUGGCGCAUCUCAUCUCUUCCUAUGUCGGACGAGUUGCGGCUGCUGGUAAGAAGGAGUAUCCCAUUCCCCUCUUCACAAACACGUGGCUCAACAUUGAAGAUCAGUCCGAGUUGGACUUUGGAGGUGGCGUACCUGUUGUGGUUGGCGGAGGCGAUAAACCUGGCAUCUACCCGUCUGGGGGCCCAUGUCCUCAUGUUUUGGACAUAUGGCGAUUCAACACGCCCUCUCUUGACUUGCUAGCACCGGACUUGUACUUCCACGACUACGAGACCGUGUGUCGAAACUACACGGAGCAAGGAAACACCCUCUUUAUCCCAGAACAGCGACGUGAUGAGUAUGGAGCACGGCGUGUGUGGUUGUCAUAUGCAACAUACGGUGCUUUAGGUGCCAGUCCAUUUGGCAUCGACACAGGUUCUGAUAUCAUCGGUUGCGAGUUCAAGCUCCUCGACCAAACAAAGCAAUAUCUUCUAGAUGCUGCGCCCGAGGACCGCUUUGGUUUCUACUUUGACGAAGAGCCUAGUGAAAAGAAGCCUGAGAAGUGGACCCGCGUGUUUGGUGACAUCGAGGUCAUCGUUGAGCGUUGCUUCGUCUUUGGCAAGCCCGGUCCCGGUGGCGGUAUGAUCAUCCACCUCGGCAAUUCCAAGUUUCUUCUCGUGGGACGGGGUUUCCACGCUCGGUUCAAGGGAGCCCGCAAAGAGGCGACGUUUGGUGGUAUCCUGUGGGGUGAGGAGAAGGAGGUUGAUGAGAAUGGCGAUCUGAGAACUCUCAGGAUCUUGAAUGGAGAUGAGACGAGGCAUGGCGAGUUUAUGAUGAUGCCCAACGACGAUCCUGAUUAUGGUGGCUUUCCCAUUGCGGUGACGCCUGGGGCAAGGACUUGUAUCGCUGAGGUGGAGGCUUAUUGGAUUGCUGAAGAUGAGGACGAUAGGUAG